GGCAGAUGGGAGAAAGAAGGACCCGUCGCCAGUCGAGUGGGCGGGGCGCCGAGCGCACGUAGACGCUGAGUCGCGAGCGCGCAGGCGCAAGCGGCGCUUCCCAGCCAACGGCUCCUUGAGCUCCACGUGACCCCUUUCCGUCACCGCCGCCCCGUGCGCGCUCGCCCGCCCGAACGCUGCGGCCGCCGACGUUCGGCGGCGGAGGGGUGACGUUGCGCUCUUGGGCCGAAUCAAGUCAGUCAGCGGCGCAACCGCCGCCUCUCUCGCUCCUCCGGCUCGGCGACGGGAGACCCGAAGGGCUUUCGGCUUCUCCUCGGAGGGUGAGCGAUGCGCUCGGCGUGAGGCGAGUUUCUGCUCUUGUCGCGGUCCCCGCUGCUCCAGCCAUGGCUUCGCCGAGCUGGCAAGAGGCUGUGGCCCAGCAGGCCGAGGAGGUGUCGGCCCGGCUUCGGGAUGCGCUGUCGGCCGGCGUGGGCCUGCUCCGCACCGAGCUGGGCCUGGAGCUGCCGCCGGGCCUGGAGCCGCAGCGCCUGCCCACCUGGCUGGUGCUGCUCUCCACGUCCGUCCUGGCGCUGCUGCUCCUGCUGGCGCUCCUGUGGGCCGCGGCCUGCGCCCGGGCGGGGGAUGCUCGCAGGAAGAACCGCCUCAGGAGAACCGCCGAGGACGACGACGAAGAGGACGAGGAAGAAGUGGCGGCGACGCGGGGCCUGACAGCAGCAGCAGCAGCAGGAGGAGGCCCUCCUCACAAGGGGGUCCCUGGGACGAUGCUCCUGCUGAAGGGAGACGAGCAGAAGAAGAGGAAUAAAAAGAGGCCGCUGGAGAAAACGGGCAGGGUGAGUGGAAACACGGUGGGAAAAGAGAACAUUUGCAUGAGUGGCUAUUGGUGGAAUAGAGGGAGUUUCAAUGUCUUGACCCAACACCAUAAAAAAACUGUAGCACUUCUGGUUCUGCUUCACACAUUCAGCAUAUCACAACGGUGUUCGUGUAUGUGUUUAAUUGAAAGCGCUAGUGGCCAAUGCUGCACCUGAUGUUGCAUUUCUAAAUAUGUUCUUUUUUCUCCUCAUUUCCCCUCCCCCCAUUUCUUUUUUCCUGUUUUUCCAAGUACUGUCUGAAGCAGAGAACUGCAGCUGCAGUUUUACAUGAAUUUUGCGCCUUGAGGUUUUUCUUAUCAAGGAUGUAACGUCUACAAGCACCUGUGAGCACGAACAGUCAAUUUACAGGUUCUAGCUGACGCCAAGACAGUUUGCACCAGCUCUCUUCUUACCAGUGAACAUAUACGUACUGCAGUAUGGGUGAUUUUCUCAUUUGAGGAUCCACGUGACUUCCCCUACACACAGUGUGUUGAAUAGUUGACCUUUAGGACUUCAGCAUAAAACUUUCUAACUUUAUCUCAUUUGGUGUAGAUAAGUCUGUUAAUAAUAAUGUGUUCUAAUCCUAGGUAUACAUUGGACUCAGCCUUGAUCAACCUGGUAGAAUGGGUUGUAUAGUCACUCUUUUAUUCACACAGCUCUCAUGGUCAAAGUAGUUAAAAAGUGGCUAUUCUCCCUCUUUCUGAGUGGUCUGGGAGUAGACGGACAAGGAAGAUUAUUCUAGAUUUGGAGACUGAAUAUUAAAAAGCAAAUUAACGUGGAAGUGAACUGGCCUGGAAAUUUCCUGCCCUUGGUGCUUUCUAGAAAGAAGUGACAUCUAAGCAUUUAAGGUUGUUUUCAGACAUGUGCAAAAUGCUUGUCUAAAAGUUUGAUACUAGCUCCUAUAAAUCUGAGGGUUUCUGUUCAACAGCAUCCUAUAUCCUAGAUUGUGUCACAUCUCAUUUUUUGUUGUUGAGAGUGGUACAAUUUUAGGCAAAAUAAAUAGUAAUACUGUGUAAACUUGAAAUCAACUGAAGCCUCUGUUUGUGAUACAUUGGCAAUGUUUUAAGAUGAUAUUGACAGUUUUCAAUGAGCUAAAAUAGUGUUCAUGUUAAACUUGUUGCUGUUGACAGAUCUAAUAAACAGGGCAAGAUAAGCAGAUUGUUCAAAUAUGGCACCCAAAUUUCUCCCCGCUUUUAAAGUGUGGUAGUGAUGGAUUUUUUAAAGCAAUGCAUUGAAUUGCUAAUGAGGGGGGAAGCCAGUCCAGCAAAAUUUGUGAGGCUGAUGGUUUGAGGAGCAAUUAGCGUAAAGACAGGUGAAUUCCGUGUUCUUGAGAACUGUUUGUUGGAACCGCACUUUAGCAUCUUUAGGGUGUUCCUGAUUCCAUCUUCAUCUUGGUGCUCAGGUGAAAUCUGACAGGGUCCAUCCUUUUCAGCUUUUUCCCCUUCUGGAGACCUAGCUUGUGACUGGUAACUCCACACACUGCAAUAUACCUUAUGCAGUGCUGUCUUUAAACUGUUUUGUGCCUUCAGAGCCAUAAACUGUCCAGAAUAUAUUGGACCAUCUUAUUAUCUUUCCCGUGGGUUUGAUCGUAACUAGACCUCUGUGAACAGAAAAGCUCCUUCCACUCAUGGAGCAGAAGGAACUGGAUUCCAGUUUUUGCCAAUCACUCCUUCGCCACUUAUACUGCCCCACCCUCGAGCAGGUUUUCAAGGGACUGCAAUCUCACGAAGGCUAAAAUGUAGUAGGGCCAGUUUUGAAAUGAUAAUUUGUGGCAAAUAGUAUUUUAUUUUUAUCAAGUUCUGCCCAUAAUUCCUAUGCAGGUAGAUUGGGAUAGUUUUUAAACUUUGUCAGAUGGGUGUGCUCACCCUCAAGAAACCCAGAACCCGCUCUCGGUUCUGCCCACACAUAUAAUUAUCAGUCACUAUGACAAUGUGAUCACUCAGUUCUCUGGAAUCCAUCGUCAGCCUCUGAUACUGCUGGUCAGUCUGCAUGCACAUGUACACAGUCUAAUGUUAAUUCAGACAAGUCCUUUGCUCAUUUAGGAUUUCCCAUUGAAAAUAAUGUGGUGGGGCAUCCAGACUAAACAAUCUUCCAUUCAGACAGCUUUGAUUGUAAUUUGCAAUACUUUACCAAUUAGGACUCUUCUGGGCACAGUCAUUUGCAUGUAAGAGAGCAUUCCUCACUGAAGCCCACCACCAGUCAUAUCUUUGCUGUGAAGUUUCAAUUUCCCUCAAUGCCUGUGUGGUGCUGGCUCCUGACUGUCACUUAUUUCAAGCUAGAGUGUUGUGUGCUGUUGAAAGAGAGCUACUCGAGAAUUCAGCAGACCCCAGACUGGAAGGAAUGAAGCAGCAGCAGGUAUCCAAGCAAGGGAAAAAUUCUUUCUUCAUUCUUGCUUUUACAGUCCUCCUCGAGGAAAAAGUUAUAGGAGAAAUGGCUUCUCCUCCGCUGUAGCUGUCCCUGCCUUUUAUUCUUUUUCAAACUCUAGGAAGGGAAAGUCUUUUUCCUAGUUUUAUAAAAACACCCUUUUUCAAUGAAGAAUUAAAGAAUGGCUGGUUUGCUGCUGUAGCUGUGUACUUUUUACUGAGAGAAGAAAAAAAGCUUUUGCAACUAUUUUAGAGGUGUGCUUUCCCUGCUCUCCCUCAGUUAUUUCCUUGGACAUAUUGACAGCAGAAACCUCUAGUUGCUCAAUGCAUAGCACAUGAGGUUGAGAAGCAUGAGAUGGGAAUUGAAUCCCACCAGCGGGUAAAUAAUAAUAAUAAUAAUAAUAAUAAUAAUAAUAAUAAAUUUUAUUUAUAUCCCGCCCUCCCCAGCUGAAGCCGGGCUCAGGGCGGCUAACAACAUUACCUUUUGCUCUCAUUUACCUUUUGAAUAUCUGGCCAAAAAAACACCAGUGCAUCUGUUUUGGUAAUUUCAUUUAUUAGUUAACCCGUAACCAAGGUUCACAACAAACAAACAAAUUAAUAUUAAUAAUCCAAUAAAACAACCAUAUAAUAUCAGAGAGCCACAUCAUUCUCAUGACAUGGCCAAAAGAAGGAGCUCCUAGGACUUGCACACACACUGCAAAACGCCACAGCAGCAAAAAGGAAUCAGACAUACCUUGGAGUAUUUGUCUCUCUCUUGCACCAGCCUCAACACCCAGUUAUAGAUGCCAAUAACAUAAGAGCUGCUGAAGGAAUCCUAGCUGCAUGGAACAACAGGAGGCAGGAUUCCAGGUUUAGAAUCCAGGUUGUUAUCCCACACUAAAGCAAGGGGAGGAGCUUUAGACAUCCAAGCACACCUCAGUCAAUCAACACGUGUAAUGCAAGAACCAAUACUUAGGCUUCUGCAUGGGCCAGCACCCCUGCUAUUUUGCUUGACAGGCUGACCCUGCUUAGUAGCAUCCCAACAUGCCUUUUUGUCCCUGUCCUGUCCUAACCAUAAAGUGUACUUGAUUAGUAGACUGUGGAGGAGCCAUUGCCUCAAAGCCUGUCAAGUUCCCUGAGGCCAGCUGAAGCCAGAUUAUUUUAGGGUUGAGGAGAAGAUCCAUAUCUCCUAUUCCCCAACAACUAAAAAGCAAUGUGUGUGGCAAAGUCAUAGGCUUUUGUUGAUUAGCAUCCAUGGUGGAGAAGAUUUUGAAAGGGAAAGUUUGAAGUAUUUCUUAUAAACCACUCAGGGAUAUAACAAUAAAACAUAAAACACCAUUAAAAUGAUACAAGAAUCAUUAAAGUGACAGGCUAAACAGCUGUCAUUUAAACUAGUUUCCAGCUACCAGAGAUUCCCCUUGUGCUAAAUCCUGUAGCUCUUUAGCCAUCAGAUCUCAAGUAAGGGAUGACUUUGUAACUCCAGUCAGGCCCUCUCCUGCAUUCGAGCUCCCCUAACUUCUUUCCCAUUCCAUGGCCACUUUUUUAUCAGCAGCACAGCCUUGGUUCUCCCUAAGUCUUUUGUGAAAUUUUGCCCCCCCCCCCCCCGUGCAUUGCAGGGGGUUGGACUAGAUUACCCUUGGGACCCUUUCCAAGUUCUAACUACAAUUCUAUGAUUAUGCCUCAGAUUUUAGCAUCGUUUGCUGCAGGACAGGCAUGUGACUAUGACAGGAGAUGUAAUCCCAUAGUGUAUAAUGUGAUUGCUUUAUGCUGUGCUGUUGGCAAGAAUUGGGCUGCCAUAGUCAGAUCGCUUGAUGUUUCUCCUCUCCCUACUGCUGUAGUACUACAGUGGUGCCCCGCAAGACGAAUGCCUCGCAAGAUGAAAAACUCGCUAGACGAAAGAGUUUUCCGUUUUUUGAGUCGUUCCGCAAGACGGAUUUCCCUAUGGGCUUGCUUCGCAAGACGAAACGUCUUGCGAGUUUGUUUCCUUUUUCUUAAAGCCGCUAAGCCGUUAAUAGCCGCUAAGCUGCUAAUAGCCGUGCUUCGCAAGACGAAAAAACCACAAGACGAAGAGACUCGCGGAACGGAUUAAUUUUGUCUUGCGAGGCACCACUGUAUGUGCAAGAGAGAAGAUCAAGUUUUUAAAGCCUGGUUGUUGAGCCACGUUCUUUUUUGGUAUUUUUGACUAUCCCAGUUGAGGGAUUUCAUCACUUUCCAUAGGGUUAUUUGUUUCAGUUGCUAUUACCAGGUUCUGGACAGAGAAGCAGAAAAUCUGCUAAACUUGAACUAAACUAUGUGUUUUGCCUGAGAAAUCGUGUCAAGGCUGUUGGGAGUAUAUCAUAAUAUGUAUAAAGGUUAGAUUCUUUACCCCAUUUCAAUCAAGGAUUGGAUGUAAUUGUAGAAGGGAGUAUUCUGCAACUGCAGCCUUUUCCAGCCGCUCAUGUUGUAAAAUGAGAAUUUGACACGAACUCAAACUACUGUAGUUAUAUUUAGAAAUUGGUUUCAUGACACUACUAACUUCGGGUUCCUAUGUUUGAAAAUAAAGCAUUUAUAAUAAAGUUUUAGGCAUGUCUCAAAUAUUUUCAAGGUUUUUUGUAGGAAACACUAGAACUUUUUUCCUGUAAAAAUGAAAGUCACUUUAGUGCUCUGGAUUUUAAAUAUAACCUUAUCCAACUUUUACUCUUAAAGUCGUAAUAUUUGAUGAAUAAAAACUAUGCCAUCCAAGUGGCUCCAGGGCAUGUCAAAUAAUGCACAUUAGCUAUUAAAGUGUUUAUUUGAAAGUUGUUCUUUUUUUUGUAAAUUUGUAAAAUGUUGCUCCAAAAUACUCUAACUGGAGAUAUCUUACUAGUGAGUUUCAUCUUUGUUUUGUUGUGAAUUGUGACUCUGUGUGUGUCAGAUACAGAAAGUAGGCAUUAAUUUGAGGGGAUGUGUCUCAAAAUAUCGGAAGUUUUGCAGUAAUCCUGUAGUGAUGUCUGCCUGGAAAAUACACUAAUUCUUCACACAGGGAAUUGAAGCGAAACACAUAGGCCUGAUUCAAAUGUCACAUUCUGAACCUCCAAACCAUGGUUUGGAUAAUAGGAAAUGAACUUGAGUGCACUCUACCUUUUUGAUAACUAUUUUCCUUCAUCUGAACUAAGCCAUUAUAAUGUCUUCCCUUUCUCUUAAUCCUAGGGCUCUCUGCUCUGAGGCAGAAGAGUAGGUGCUAUUUCAAAUUCUUUCAACUUUCAAUUUUUUGAGCAGUUUAUUUGGGGUUCUAAAGCAGGAUGGGGAACUACUGGUCUGUGGGUCAGAAUUGGCCCAUGGUACACAUACAGUCCCAUUUGGCCCACAGCCUCUUUUCUUUGGCCUCCAUUUAAGCCAGCUUAAUUAUGAUCCAUAAAAGUGGAGUUGCCAAAGAAGCAGGGCACAUGAAGCAUUUUGGGGGUUGUCAGUGUGAAGGGAGUGCAGAGGUCAAGUUUCUCAAAAGGCUUCAGUGAAAGGCUUAAGCACCACCUGGAUCUUUUUCCAUUGAAAUCAGUGAGAUUCACUGGAUCAUACCCAUUGUUAUUGCAGAGACUAAUUUUAGUUGUAGAUGAGAUGAUGCCUCAGAUUCUUAACUCAACCUUAUUUCGCUUCUAUUCUGCCUUUGGUUCAUGUAAUUGAAGGCAGUAUACCUCUAGGUUUCCAGUGAGUCUUCCCUCCCAACUCCUUGACCAGACAGACCUCCUUAGCUUUGGUACUGUAAUAUCACUGUUCUUUAACUGCAUAAUAUUUAGGAUAGGAUUUGCUUUUGUGGCCUUGGACUACAUGCAAUUGAAAGAAACAUCAAUAUUAUUUGAGGCUUGGAAAUUAAGCAGUGCCACUCAUUUAACUUUUUCCGCUUUUGUGGGUAAGAGACUUAUUACUAAUACUCAUUUUAUUUUAAAAUCAGAUAUCUGUAUCCUUAAUGAAUAAAUCAUCUUAAAUAGUAAUAUAUACAUUUAUAUGCCCCAUUGGUAAGAAUACUGAGAAGACAAUUUAGCUCUUAAUUAUAAUAAGAUUAAGGGGGAAAGGUAGAAAUAAGCAAGAUUCAAAUUAGAGUAGAAUUAAAAAAAAAACCCUUCUUUGUUAAAUUUGACAUCUAUCUCAAAUUUCAUAAAAUUGAGAAAGGGUUAUAACUAACCCAAUAGCUGCUUACUAUUCCAAAAUUCUAUGAAUUGUACCUAAUCCUAUUCAUAUCUGAUUACCAUUUCCCUUGGUGAACCCAAAUAGACAAGUAAUUUUACUUGAACAGCUAUUCCCCAUAAUUUGAUAUACCAUUCCUUCAAACUAGGAAUUUCUCCUUCCACCAUACUCAGCAUAUAGAAUCUGUGCUGCCACUAAUGUAUGACAUGACAAAUUUCCCCCCCUCUAUGCGUACUUUCCAAAUAUGUAAUCAAAAUUAUUUGGGGGUCCUUCGAAAGCAUAUAUUUCAAAGUAGAACUUACAUCGGGUAUUAUUUCUUGCCAAUAUUCUUAGCUUCCAGGUUCUUCCACCAACAGUGCAUAAAAUUGACUCUAGUUGAACCACAAUUCCAACAACUAUAAUUACUGGUAUUAAGUGGGUUAAAUACCAUAAUAUCCAGAGUUUUUCUGCAUUAUAUAUUAAAGUUAACAAAGCAGUAUGAUUGUAUUCCCCCCCCCCCCGAUAUACUUCCAGUUUUCACUUGGAAUAAAGAUCCCUAUAAUUAUUCCUAUCACCUGUAUCCAUUUUGAAACAUAGUCCACCAGGCAGUUUUACCCCAUAUGUUUAAUAAUUCAGUAAAUUGUUCAGAUGUCUCUCAUUGUCAUAGCCAAUUUAUUAGAAAAUUUCUAAUUUGGAAAUAUUCAAUUAGAGCAAGUUCUGUAUUUUUUAUGCAUUCUUGCAUCUCAUCCUGAGAUUUUACUUGAUUAUGAACAAUCCAAUCUUUGAAUUUCUCAAAGCCUUUUCUCUGCCAAUUUGUAAAUUGGCUUAUGCUUUCAUUUUUAUUAAGCUGUGGGUGGAAUAGCACUGAAGUGUUUGGAGAUACCAAUGAACACAGUUUGUUUGUAAAUUGAGCCCAUAUUUUCAGUAAUACUGGGGAAAUACUACUAGCUCCCUUUUCUGUCUUUGCUUUCCAUUCAUAACAGUGCAUUUGGUGGAAUUUUAACAAAACCUUGGGCAGUAUUCAACAAAGUCAUCUCAUCAGGACAAGGAUUUACACUUGCACAAUGGAUUUUCCCUCUCUUCUCCUCCAUUCAUGCCCAGUGCCCUCCCCAGAUCUGUGCUGGGGAGCCCCUAGAACAGAUUGCAGGGGCAGGAGAGGGGGAUUCCGGUUUCAAAAGCAGAAAUCCUUGCAUUAACCAGUUGCGUUACUCAGCACUACUUCAGAUACAACCCUUUGUUGUGACUCUAUUAUGUAACCGUGACCCAGUCAGCAAUUCCUAUUAAACCACUUUCUUGGUCAUAUUAAAUUGUAGUGAAUAGUUGUUAAGUGAAAGUUUUAAGAUUCUGUUCUAAACUAGAAGUGAGCAAACAAGUAGUGGGUAGGUAAGUAUGUCACAUUGGCAGACUUCGGUAGAAUUAAACAUUUAGACUGAAAAACAGUGAAAUACAAUGUGUAGGUAUGUGAACUCUGUCUAAAAUUAAUGUGACAAUUUUCUGAUUUCUAGCUUAAUGGUCAACCUGCUCAUGAAGUGUCUGAAGAGGAAGUAAUACAGACAGUUCGAAGAGACAACCUUAAACAGCAGUCAGAGGCAGAAAAGAAAGCUGAAAAGGUUGGUUAUUUGUAAGUGAUGGAAAACUGUAGAUAAUAUAUAUAAGUUGAUAGUGUCUAAAGCAAAUUUCAGGCAAAGGCUCUACUAUUUUGACUAGUCUUGGUAACCAGCCAAAAAUCUGUAUUUGCCACCAGCAAAUAGUCUUGUUGCACCAUCCAAUCUUUACAAUCACUUCGAGCUUUGUGCCUCUGAGAUCUAGUCUGACUAGAAGCAAGUCCUGACUUCCAUGCUUGGAGAAGGGUGCAUACUUCCUUGACCUCAUACCAAUUUCAGGAAAGCUUAUAAAGCAACUCAGUGUAGCAUCAGAAGAAGUACCUGCCCUCCCAACUCUACCAAAGUAUAGGAAUUAUUACUAGAUUAAAAAGAGAAGCAGCCCAUUUCUCAACCUCUGGUUCAUAUCUUAAUUUCUUGUGUUUGACAUAAAGUCUACAUUGUGGCUACAUUGUUUUUAUACGGGCAUGCAUUUUUUAAAAAAUAGCUCCCAUGUGCAACCUCAGUAUUUGACAAUACUGUCAACCAUAAUCAUUGGCAUGCUUAUUGUUAACAAUAGACUCUUUCAGCACAACCAUAAAUUUGUCUAAUUAGAAUAGAGAUGCACCAAGUUCAAUGGGGCUACUAGAAAAGGGGGACAACCCAGGUAAAUGGGUUUAUGAUAGUAGCCAUAAUUUGUACGAUGUUUUAUAAAAUACAUCUCUGUUUAAGUAAUACAUUUUAAUAAAUAUUGGCUUUUGUGAAGCUCAAGUUUUUAAAACCUAUACUUUUGCUUUGGGGCAUUUUUAGAUUCCUUAUGAAACGCCUGUACUGCAGUGUGAAGCAGUGCGUUUUAAAAAGAUUACUACUAAAUGUAACAUGACUGUGCACUGCAGGAAUUUUGAUAGCUUAAAUUAAUAUUGAUAGAAAAUACUUACUUUUUAUUUUAGUCAAAGAAGAAUAAGAAGAAACCAAAGGGAGAUGCUAAAACAGUUCAGGACCAGUCACGUGUUGAUGGAAAGGAAGUUGAUGAAGGUACUGAAAAGCAUGUAUGUUUUUUUUAAAAAAAAGUGUGUGUGCUCCUUUGGGAGGAAGGGCAAGUUAAAAAUUUAAUAAUGGUGCUAUUAAUAAAAACAUUUUAAGAAAUUUGUGGUUCAUUCUAUUAUGGUCUUUAAAAUGAAACCUGUUUUUAAUCUGUUAAUAGGUUUGCCUUUGUGGUUCAAUUUAUCCAUAUGGAGCAGCAAGCUGCCAGUUCAUGUGAUUGUAGAAUAUAAUUGUGUUAUGAUUGCUGCCUAAAUUACAGGUUUUAUCAAAUAAUCUGAGGUAUCAGACUUGAACUGGCAUUGUAUUUUCAGUGUUGGGAAGGACCAAACAUUUCAGAAUGUGUUUUGGGGUUUGGGUGUGAUCACUGCACUUGAGUUGGAGGAAAUUCAAUAAAAGCGACUUGGGUGUAACUAUUAGAAUGAUUUUCCUCCAUAGCUAUUAAAAAAAAAUGCCCACAAGAUUUCAGGACAGCUAGAGUUUGCACCUGCAAUGAUGACUUUUGAAAGUGGGAAAAGAACAGUUUGAGAGAGCAUCAAGCUAUAUAACUGUAUAUGGAAGUGAAGCUAGAUAUUGAGGGAAUCUCUCAAUAUGUAUUUAGCAAACAGGGACCUGUGGUAGGCAAUAGAAAUUAUGGUUAAGUGGUCUUUCAGAUCAGUUUGUCCACCAUUUGGUGUCUCCCUCACUGAGCAACAUCUGACAAGCUUUUGAGGAACACCCAACAUUCACUGAAAUACAGUUUGAAAACCACUGAGUUUGAAAACCACUGAGAUAGGUUACUUCCUCUGUUUUAACUAAUGGCUUUUUAUACCUCUUUCAGGCGCUUGGGAAACAAAAAUCAGUAACAGAGAAAAACGGCAGCAGCGUAAACGUGACAAGGUACUGACCGAUUCUGGGCCAGAAUCAAAUCUACCAGCUAUGGAAAAUUCAGUUACAAUCUCCACUGAACAGCUAACAUCUGCAACAUCCCUUUCAGUUGGUACCAGAAAAAGCAAAGGUAGAUAUGUGACUCUUGCUCUAGUUUUGUUUUUCAUUUCUCGUCUUAGGGGGCAGGGCAGCAACACUUAAAGAACAAGAGAAGAAUACAGAUUACACACUAAUAAUUGAAACUCUGCUCUGUUGAUUUAAUUAACGCUUUAAAAAGGUGUUAACUAAAAAACAUGGAGCCUAGGAUUGCCUAUCCAUCGGCAUAAAUAAAAGGAUUAUAGUAGGAUAUUUAGUCACUAAAGUAGCUUUUCUUAAUCAGGUGAUCCUGUUCUGAAUGCUCAAGUUAGUAAUCCUAAAUCUGGAAAAGGAGAAAUUACACUCCAGCAAGGUAAGGACUGUUUACUGCAUAUAAUAACCUAAUUGGAGUUGUGGUACUGCCUAGAAUUUUGUGCACUGGUUCACAUGGAGCUUUUGCAUAGUUAUGUGGGGUGUAAUGUAUUGCAUAAUUACUAAUUUUUUUCCUAACUUAAAUUGCAUAGUUUCAGCUUCUUCCUUUUUUAUAAUUCUGCUGUCAGUUACUUUUUACUAACCUGCAUUAUUAGUAAAAGCCAUUAAUUUCUCUUAACAUAGAUGAGGAGAAUUCACAUCUGGUAAUAAUAGGAAUAUGUUGGUGUUGUUGUGAUUGUGUUAAUUGUGAGGCUUUCAGCCUGAUCUUACAUCCAUUUGCUCAGAAUUAAAUACAACUGAGUUUUGUGAGACACAUUGUCAAGUGUUCACAAUUAGUACAGAUAGGGAGAAGUGGUUUUUUUGUAGAUCUAGUGAAGGCUAAAUUUCACCCAUUUUUAUAUAGUUACUGCCCUCUGGAUAGUUAUGGCAAAAAACUGAUAGUGACUGCAACUAUGAACAGAGAAACACAUGAGUGGUAUUCAGUUAAAUUAGCCAGCUUUUCCUGAGCAAGAAGUGAAGAAAAAGAAAAGGGCUGGACUAGAAAUAAGAGCAGAGUAACAACAGCAAAAAGUUCAACGGAAAUGUUAAUGUAAUCUUGGUAUUUUUAUGAGCUUCCCUUGGCAGAAUAUGACUUUUACUUUUUUUUAAUCAGGUACAUUCAUGGUAUCAACUAAAACACAUGUUACAAUUAAGUAUAUGUUUGUGUUAAAAAGCUCCUUCAGGACUGAGUGAAGGCCCCACAGUAAAUGGAGGCAACUGGAACGAAAAGCCUGUAAAGCUUUCUCCUCAGAUUGGUGCAAGUGAGGAAAAGUGGAGUUCAGUAUCAUCUUCUGGUAGCAAAAGGAAGAAUGAGACAUCAGCGUGGGGAAAAGAUGCUGGAGAUCAUGGAAAUGGGAAGGACUGGGGAGUUUCCCUGGUGGGCAGAACCUGGGGUGAGCGCACUUUGUUCCCUGGUAUUGGUAAGUGCUUGUUUCUCUAAGAACAAAAACUGUCUUUAAGAAAUGGCAUUAUGUAUCUUUAACGUCCUGCCCAACAUUCUUCUUUCAGCUCUCAUUGUAGCAAAAUUCUUUGAGUAAUUGAUUAGGAAGCUUUAGCCUUUCCUUUUAUAUGCUGUGGUUAAGGUACAGAGAACUACUUGUGGUCCAUGUGGAGAUUAGCGCCACAUGGAUAGCAUUUUAACUUCUUAACAGCAGAUAUCCAUGCAGGGUAUCAUUGGAACCCUACUCAUCCAUCUCUCAGUCAGCUUGGACUUUAAGAAACAAUCUGUAUAAAUAAUCAGUUGUAUAAAUAAUCAGCUUCAUUCAGCUUCUGGGGAAAGGGCAGAAGUGUAAAAAUAUGUAGACAGGGUUGAAAAUACUUUUUAAUUUAAAGUUUGAAGGAUUUCUGUUUCCAGUUCCAGAGUGUAUUUCUCUAUUCCCAAACUUUAAUCUGAAAACUCAAAAACAAGAGUUAAAAUUCAAUCCAAAUUGUUACUAAUAAAAUUAAGAGCAUAUCUGAAAGAAUCAUCAUGUUUUGCUAUUACCUGUUGAAGAUAAAAUUUUAAGAUGUAAUUAUCCACAGCUUACAGUAAUACUUGUUUGAAGUACAGCACCAGGUAGCUGAUUGAUCUAGUAGAUCCCUAAUUCAUUGUUUUGGGGGUUAUAAAGGCAUAAGGCUUAGAAGAAGAAUGAUCCUUGCAGUCUUAACUAUGACACUUGUGAAAUUCCAGGCCAUUAGCUUAUUUUACUUGUUACAAUGAAAUGAAACAUAGUGGAGUCAUGUAACAUUGGCUACAAUGUUACAAGCUGUUGUAUUUGUACAAUGAAUCUGGAAUAUUUUGUUCCCUAAAAUCAUUGGAAAAAGCUAGCCUUGUAAGAGGCUUGUCUUAAGAAUGUGUGCCUAAUUUUCAGUAGCAAAAAUAGGUUAUUUUGUAUUUUUUCAACAGCCUGGUCUGGAGUGGAUGGAAGGAUUAAUCCUCCUGAACAGAGUUCUACUUCAUUCACUUCAUUGGGGCUAAAUCCUCCAGUUUCUGGUAAUAUUUUAAAAUUGCUCUAUAGAUGAACUACGUGCUUAAGUUAUACUCUUCUGAAAACCUAUGGUCAUCUAUGUUAAUUGAAAGAGUUGUUGCAUAUAAGUUUGGAAAAACAUAUGUAUAAAAUGUAUAUGGUAGUUAAUAGGCUGGUUUUCAGAAAUGUCAACAAUCAUUAUUGGCUUAGCAGACGCUACUAAAAUACUUCAUUCUCUGUAUUUUCAGAAUAGGGUAGGAUGUUUGAUCGUAUGUAAAUCAGCUUUUCUCUUUGGGUUUAAUCGGUAAUAUCAGGGACAGCAAAGAAGCAAGCUAUUCCAUUGCAUGUAGAAUUCUCAAAAUACUAGGCCCUUUUCCAUUUGAAAUAUCUUAAUAUGUAGUAACAUGCCUGUCAGUUCAUAAAGCUUAUUCUAUGUUUGUGUGUUGUCUUCUUUUCAGGAGCCAGCAGUGAAUCUGUUCCUCAACCUCCUACUACAGACUUCCAAUGGGAUUUAAAUCGUAAUCAGGCGCAUAUUGAUGAUGAAUGGUCUGGGUUAAGUAAGUUCUUCUUUAAAAACCUUGUACGACUUACACUAGAAAGAUUUACAUUCAUAUUCCUAAUCAUCCAUUUGUCUUCUACAAAUGGGACCAGGUGUUUAUCCACAUGCUUUUAACAAUGAAGUGUGAUUUUGCUAUACCAAAACCUAAGAAAUCUAUUGUGACAUGUAUUUUGGGGAGCAGAGUCCGAUUUUAUUCAAUGCAUGGAGGUGCCUACUUAGUGGGUAAGUUGAAGUACACCCAAGAGGGGGGGAAAUGCUUUUUAAAAAUAAAACAAGGGCCAAAAGGCUAAACUGCAAGAGGCUCACUCAUGAAAGCUUCCACUACAAUAAAUUAGUCCUGCAAACUAUUCAUUAUCUCUGCUAACAUCUGCAUGGCUCCCUCCAUGGGGUUCGUUUAACUAUGUUAUCUCAGUGGUAGAGAUCUUUUGAGACAUUUGUGCAAGCAAACUGACUUCUACUUUAAAUAGAGCAUCUUUCAGAUCAGAUUGCAAUUUUGCUUCUAAAUAGUGUAGAUUUUUGUGCCCUGACAAAGCAUGAUUGAUAGACAAAGCUAGUUGCCAUUGGUGUUCCCUCGCUUAGAAAUGGCCAUCUUCCUCCAUGUGUCUUCAUUUUAUUCGUAGAGGUGUAUAUAGAAAGAAGUACUUUGGCCUAUUGGACGAGACAACUGAUUCUUCAGACAAUUGUCUGGCGUCCAUUCCAGCGAACGUCCGCAGCAAAACCAGAAGUACCAGAACGGGUUACUUCCGGGUUUGCCGCAUGCGCAGAAGCACAAACCGCUCUGUGUGCGUGCUCAGACACGGCGCUUUGCCCUGCAUCCUUUUCGGCUAGCUGCCAGGGCUCUGGAAUUGAUCCCGGUUGCAAAACAAGGUAUGACUGUAUCUGGAGGGAGGGCUGAUAGUCCCUAGCUCUAUAGGGGUCAGAGGCUAUCUUAGUGGAGCAAAACUCCUACUGGCUACUUGCUGUACAGUGGUACCUUGGGUUACAGACGCUUCGGGUUACAGACGCUUCAGGUUACAUACUCCAAUAACCCAGAAAUAGUACCUUGGGUUAAGAACUUUGCUUCAGGAUGAGAACAGAAAUCAUGCGGUGGCAGCAGGAGGAGGCUCCAUUAGCUAAAGUGGUACCUCAGGUUAAGAACAGUUUCAGGUUAAGAACGGACCUCCAGAACGAAUUAAGUUCUUAACCCGAGGUACCACUGUAACUGCAAAUGUCUCCCACUGGGAACAGAAACACAGUCAGUUGACCAGUGACAAGGUCACUGUCUGGAAUUACCCAUCUUGCAUUCUACAGGAACCAGGCAGAUGAUGCUAUUGGUGCUGGAAGAAUAGUCCUGGUUAGCAAAACUGCCUUUAAAAAACUGGCUUUUGCUUUUUAAUAAUUGCUGCUACUUUGAUUUAUGUGUGUUUAAAAAUGGUAAUUGUAGUAAUUUUAAAGGUAACUUCAUUGUUUCACAGCAACUAACUGAUAUUUUUCAAAGUAUCAAAUUUAAUAGUUAUGCUAAAGUAUGUUUUCUAUAAAAGGGACGCGGGUGGCGCUGUGGGUAAAACCUCAGUGCCUAGGACUUGCUGAUCGUAAGGUUGGCGGUUCGAAUCCCCGCGGCGGGGUGAGCUCCCGUCGUUCGGUCCCAGCUCCUGCCCUCCUAGCAGUUCGAAAGCACCCCUAAGUGCAAGUAGAUAAAUAGGUACCGCUUUAUAGUGGGAAGGUAAACGGCGUUUCCGUGUGCGGCACUGGUGCUGGCUCACCAGUUGCAGCUUUAUCAUGCUGGCCACGUGACCCGGAAGUGUCUUCAGACAGCGCCGGCUCUCGGCCUCUUGAGCGAGAUGAGCACGCAACCCUAGAGUCGGUCACGACUGGCCCGUACGGGCAGGGGUACCUUUAUGUUUUCUGUAGUAAUAUAGCAAAUAUUUUUUAAGAAAAUACUUGACUGAUAUUUGACCAAAAAUACUUGAUGAAUAAAGCAAAGUUAUGCACUCUAAAAAUUGACAUACCAUAUUUUUUGUUCUAUAAGACUCACUUUUUCCCUCCUAAAAAGUAAGGGGAAAUGUGUGUGCAGCUUAUGGAGCGAAUGCAGGCUGUGCCGCUAUCCCAGAAGCCAGAACAGCAAGAGGGUUUGCUGCUUUCGCUGGACAGUGAUCCCUCUUGCUGUUCUGGCUUCUGGGAUUCAGAAUAUUUUUUUUUAUUCUUUUCCUCCUCCACAAACUAGGUGCAUCUUAUGGUCUGCGUCUUAUAGAGCGAAAAAUACGGUAAUUAGUGUGUGAUUUGAGUCACAUGACUUUUACUAUACUACUUGAAACUUGUUCCUUCAUUAUUCACAGAUGGCCUAUCUUCUGCUGAUCCCAGUUCUGACUGGAAUGCCCCUGCAGAGGAAUGGGGAAACUGGGUAGAAGAAGAAAAGACUCAUUGCAUUCCACAGCUUGAGGAAGCGCUAUCUGAGGCACAAAAGGUAUUGGUAUGAGAUCUGUUGGAAAGCACAUGGAAUUAGUCUGAUCCUAAAAAUGCUUCUUAAUUUUUAGAAUUUUUUUAGAAAAGGUGGACUAAUACCAUAGACAACUGCUGCUUUCUUGCCAUUUUUCUGUGCAUUUAAUAUGCAUCCUGAUUCUCUGUGUUAAAAACAUAACUGAAAUGGAUUGGAAAACAGACAUAGUUUAAUUUCAUUUAUUGUAAAGAGGCAGCUUAUUCUAAUGAAACAUUUUCUGUUCUUUUUUGUUUUUAUAUUAGGCUUCAGAUGAUGAGAAAGAAAAGGCAGAACCAACUCUGCAAAGUACUGCAAGUGGUAAAUCAAAGAAGAAGAAAAAGAAAAAGAAGAAGCAGGGAGAAGAGGCUAGCUCUCCUGUACAAGUGAGGCAGAAUAUUAUUAUUGCUAUUAUUAUAGAUAUAUUUAUACUCUGUCUUUUUACCUGAUGGUGGUUCUGACCAAUAGAAAAGAACUGCUAGAAUGUAAUGAAAUUGAAAUAUUUUCCUAUUCUAUCAUGAAACGCUUUAUCAAUCUUUUAAGCAGAGAGGAGAAAGUUUAAUUGCAACUGAUUUUAGAUUACAAAAUUAGGUAUUUAAAUUCUUGUUCAUUACACUGAUUUGAUCUUGCAGCAGAAUUGAUUUUACACAAUUAGAAAGAGUGGUUCAGGUUCCUCAGUAUGCUUUGUGUUUCUUUUUUCUGGGUAGGAUGCUGAUGACCUGGAAAGACAUGCUGGAGAAGAAUUUCCAGAAGAUACCUCAAAAGUUCAACAAGAGGAGAUAGCUUUCUCUUUAAAGACCAUCAGCACUAGUGAACAAGCUGAGGUAUAGAUAAAUAGAUCUAGGUGCUCAUCAGGCAUACUUUCAAUACUUACAAUCAACAAAAAAGCACCCAUAUUUUUGAGGGUCUAAAGGCUGAGGUAUAAUUUAACUUUAUAAACAAAAAAGUAUUGUUCCAUUUCUCAGGGCCCUUCUACACAUGAGCUCCUUAUAGAUCAGUCUAGACCACAGCAUGCCAUGAACACAGAUCAUACCCCUUCCAAUCUGCACCCCAUCCCGAGAGACGAGGGUAGGGUGAGCAAGGAUUACUCACCUCCGUCACUGGUGUUGUGCAAUGCCAGGUCUAUAGGCAACAAAACCGCCACCCUGUGAGAUUUCACCUCGAAGGGGGGCGACCUGGCUUGUGUGACGGAGACCUGGGUGCACGAAGGGGAAACUGUUACCUUACGAGAGAUGGCGCCCCCGGGUUUCUCCGUCCUCCACCAGUCGCAGACUGUGGGCCGGGGGGGGAGGGGUGGCAUUAUUAAUCCGGGAAGAUUGUUCUUUCCGGGCUCUACCAUCGCCAUCGAUCCCCGGCAUUGAAUGUGUUGGCCUAGUGUGGGGCUCCGAGGUGAGCUUGGCUGUCUGGCUGUUGUACCGGCCACCUAGCACACCAGCAGCCACCCUGUCAGGCCUGCUGGAGGCGGUGGCCGGCUGGGCCUUGGAGUUCCCUAACCUAUUGGUAUUGGGGGACUUCAACAUCCAUGCUGAUGCCACUCCCUCCUCACAGGCUCUGGACCUGGUGUCUUCCAUGGCGACACUAGGGCUCUCCCAGUUUGUUUCGGGCCCCACACAUCAAGCAGGCCACACGCUGGAUUUGAUCUUUGGCGUCGGUAUAGAUGUGAUCAUGUUUCCUUCGAUGAAGGUUCCAUGGUCUGAUCACUACGCUCUGAAAGCCAGGAUUGACAUUCCACCCCCACCCUGCUUAGGUGGCGAGCCGAUUUGGGCUCGCCCGCAGAGGCUAAUGGACCCUGAUAGAUUCCGUCAAGCCUUGCAGGACCUUUCUCCCCCUGGCGACUCAUUGACUGAGCUUGUUGAGGGCUGGAAUGCCCAGCUCCUGGCAGCCAUCAAUGAGAUCGCACCUAAGCGCCCUCUGCGACCCCGCAGAAACCGGGCUCCCUGGUUUACCGAGGAGCUCCGGAAAAUGAAGCGGGACCUCAGACGGCUAGAGCGAGUAUGGCGGGGUGCCCGUGACGGAGCUUCAAGAACAUCUUAUAGGGUUUUUAUGAAAACCUACGAGAUGGCAGUGAAGGCCGCUAAGAAGUCCUACUUCUCAGCCUCCAUUGCAUCCGCUAGCUCUCGCCCGGCGCAAUUAUUUAGUAUAAUUCGGUCUUUAAUGUCCCUCGAAGGACAGCCAAAUUUAAAUAACAAUUUGACACACAGCUGUGAGGCAUUUGCAAGCUUUUUUGCAGAGAAGGUCCUGUUGCUCCGCCAUGACCUCCCUGCCAAUUUGGAUACAAUAAAGGAACUGGAGACCCCUCGACUGUCCUCGGGUCCAGUAUUGGACCACUUUGACCGGAUAUCCCCAGCCGAUGUGGACAGACUCCUCCGAGCUGGAAAGCCCACCACUUGUCCUCUCAACCCAUGCCCGUCUUGGCUGAUUAGAGCGUGUUCAGACGAGGUGUGGGCCCCCCUGGGGGAUAUCAUCAUUUGUCCCUUGGCACCGGGACAUUCCCAGGGGAACUGAAGGAGGCAGUGGUGCGCCCGCUCUUAAAGAAAACAUCAUUAGAUCCCUUAGAUCUAUCCAAUUACCGCCCGGUUUUGAAUCUUCCAUUCCUGGGUAAGGUGAUUGAGAGAGCGGUUGCUGAACAGCUUGGUAGGUUUCUGGAUGAAACAUCAGCUCUGGAUCCAUUCCAGUCCGGCUUCCGCGCUGGUCAUGGGACCGAGACGGCUCUGGUCGCCCUAACAGAUGAUCUCCGCAGGCAGCUGGAUCGAGGCGGGUCGGGGCUGCUGAUUCUUUUAGACCUGUCAGCAGCCUUCGACAUGGUCGAUCGCGAACUCCUGGACCACCGCCUUGCCGACGUGGGGAUCCAGGGCACAGUCCUUCAAUGGCUGCGCUCGUUUCUCUCUGGUCGGGGACAGAGGGUGGCGCUUGGGGGGGGAAUUGUCAUCGCGCCACUCCUUGGUGUGUGGAGUGCCCCAGGGUGUGAUACUCUCCCCGAUGCUUUUUAACAUCUUUAUGCGCCCCCUCGCCCAGCUUGUCCGGAGUUUUGGUCUGGGCUGCCAUCAGUAUGCUGAUGACACCCAACUCUAUCUGUUGAUGGAUGGCCAUCCUGACUCGGCCCCAGACACACUGAUCAGAUGCUUGGAAGCUGUGGCUGGAUGGUUACGUGGGAGCCGGUUGAAGUUAAAUCCUUCAAAGACAGAGGUCCUCUGGCUGGGACGGGACGAUAUGGGAUUGAGGGGGCAACUCCCAUCUCUUGCGGGGGUGCAAUUAGUGCCAGCACCGUCCGUUAAGAGUUUGGGUGUAAUCUUCGAUACCUCCCUCUCCAUGGAGGCGCAGAUUGCAGCUGUAACAAAGGCGGCAUUUUUUCAUCUCCGCCAAGCUAAGCAGUUGGUUCCUUACCUCUCUCGCCCUGACCUAGCCACUGUGAUCCACGCGACGGUCACCUCCAGACUGGAUUAUUGUAACUCGCUCUACGUGGGGCUGCCCUUGAGACUGACCCAGAAACUCCAGUGGGUGCAGAAUACCGCGGCGAGACUCCUUACGGGGUCUUCGCUGCGAGAUCACAUUCAUCCGGUGCUAUACCAGCUGCACUGGCUCCCGGUGGAGUACAGGAUCAGGUUUAAGGUGCUGGUUUUAACCUUCAAAGCCCUAUACGGCCUAGGACCCUCGUACCUACGGGACCGCCUCUCCUGGUAUGCCCCACAGAGGAACUUACGGUCUUCAAAUAAAAACAUCUUGAAGGUCCCAGGCCACAGAGAGGUUAGGCUGGCCUCAACUAGAGCCAGGGCUUUUUCGGCUGCGGCUCCAAUCUGGUGGAACGCUCUGUCACAAGAGACAAGGGCCCUGCAGGACUUGACAUCUUUCUGCAGGGCCUGCAAGACAGAGCUGUUCCACCAGGCCUUUGGUCAGGGCGCAGCCUGACCCCCUCCUCUGGCAAUCUUUACAGAGCUUUAGUUUAUGGUUGCCAUCAAUUUUGAUUUUAAUUAAUUUUUAUAAUGUUUUUAUAAUGUUGCACUAUUUUAGUGUUGUUAGCCGCCCUGAGCCCGGCUUCGGCUGGGGAGGGCGGGAUAUAAAUAAAUUUUAUUAUUAUUAUUUUUUAUUAUCAUGUAUACAGCAGGAAGAAGUAUACAUAUGCAGAGACAUCUGUUUGGCCUCUGUGGGAAAGGGGUUUGGGAUUCACCUAACAAGCCCUGUCAGUGGAAACCCUGAACAAGGACUUUUGCUUGUGCAGUGGGGCUUUCCUUCCUCCCCCCCCCCCCAGCCACCAAAAUAGACUCCCAAGAGGGUAAGGAGAAUCCCCAAAAGACUUUGUGGGGAAAGGAGACGGGGAAUCAGACCAUCUGGCAAGUUGCAAUGUUUGCGCAGAUGGAUUGUACGUCACAGUGCAGCAUAAAAUUCCGCCCGUAAUCUUUGGACUAGAUGGGCCUUUGGUCCAACCCAGAGGGCUGGUCUUAUGUUCUUACAUUUCUUACUUUGCCAUUCUUCCCGAAAGAAUAUCCUUGCUUAUGUUACUAGUUCUGCAGAAAUCCCCGAGCUGAAUCUCAGUGUCAGGCAUCUUCAGUGACAAUUUUUUUAUUAUUUAACAAGACCCAGCUAUUUAAAUAGUUUUCUAGCCAUUAUCCAAGGAAAUUUACACUAGUUAUAGGUCAGUUGUAAUUUGUUAGCUUUACACUAUUGUGUCUGGAAAUGAUAGCUUCUCAUUCUCCUGUUUUGUCACUUAGCCCAAAUGAAACGUUAAAAAUGCACUCAAAUGUCUCGACAUCCUCUGUUAUAAACAGUCAUAAUUAAAUGUUGCCAAAAAGUCUGUAUUCUAAUCUGCAGUUUUUAUUUUAGCCUGAGGAGAUGCCCUCAUUUGCUGUUUCUACUGAGCCAUCUGUAACUGUAUCAGAGAGUGAAUCUGACAAGAUAACUUCCCAAGUGCCACAGAUGCUACCGGAGACAGAAGUUCCUAUUUCUAAUGUUAAGCAAAACAGUGUGCCUCCGCCGCAGAGUAAGUAAUUUCUUCCUCCAGGUGCCUGCUAGACUCAGUGGGAAGUACUCUAUUUUCAUUCAACCAAAUGGUGGUUGUAUCAAAACAACCAAGCAGAUCUUUUUGCAGGUUAUGCUUAUCCCUCAUAGGCAUGAUUCUGAACAUUCAGCAUCCAUCAGUCCCGUUUUUGAAACCAAUGGGAUUUGUAUGCACUAUGAAAACGUGUUAUUUACAGAUUUAUGUGUUUGAGCUGUCAGGAGGCUGGGAAAUUGAGGGUCUUCGUUUCUUGAUUAUUUUCCUGCACCAGUAUGUCACAAAAUGAAAUUGGCAUGUGACACUUUGCCUAUAACGAACCACAUUUGUGAAUGGAAAUUGACUUCCCAUCUGAAACCCUACAGUCAGCGUAGACAGAACUGGGCUAAAUGAACCAAUGGCUUGACCCAGCGUAAGAUAAUUUCCUGUGUUUAUGUAGGAAAAUCAUACCAUACUGAAUGUCACCACAUCAAAAGCCAUACCAAGACAGUUCUCAAGCCGUGACAUUACCUAGAUCAGGCAUAGGCAAACUCGGCCCUCCAGAUGUUUUAGGACUACAACUCCCAUCAUCCUUAGCUAACAGGACCAGUGGUCAGGCGUGAUGGGAGUCAUAGUUCCAAAACAUCCGGAGGGCCGAGUUUGCCUAUGCCUGACCUAGAUGUAGAGAUAGAGAUGUUGCCUUAGUGGAAUUUCUAAUUUUUGCAUUUCCUUACCUGAGUAACUCAGUAGAAUGAAAUGUAUGAUGUAGAAUGAAAUGUAUGAUGAAGAGGUUAAAACAGUUAUGAUUAAAGCAAGAUUUUUGUUAUAAUAUACAAUUAGAGGCAUGGGAACGUAAUAAAUAUUAUUCAAAAAAAUGUAUGAAUGAACUGUACAUAAAUAUAAUUGACAGUAAAUAUUCUUUAUUCUUAAACUUGUAGCCAAGUCUGAAGAGAGCUGGGAGUCUCCCAAACAAAUUAAAAAGAAGAAAAAGGCCAGAAGGGAAACGUGAAUUUUCUGAGAUGGACGUGUGUUGCAGAAACACUUGUCGUGAAGAUUAUGCUGUUUAUGCAAUAAUUUGUGAACCUGUACAGAAUUUUAUAUAAAUUUCAACAGAUUUUUUUAAAAACAAACUGCUUUGAACACAACCAUCUUUAAGAACAGGAACAGAAGGAAAAUAAGUUGGUGGCAUAAUUUAACAGGAAAUAUGACAAUACUGGAAGACACAUUGAAGAGUCUAUUUCAACAUAUGGGGAAAGUAAUUAUAAAAAACAACUUGUCUUUACAACAGUGCCCUGUUUACAACAGAUUAUCUCUAUUUUACGUCCAUUGGAGAAAAAGGAUUGGUCUUAAAAUUUCCUAAAUCAUCUGUAAAACAGUGUCACUCUGAGUAGUGUCCAUUCUGAAUUUCUUAAUGCCUAAAUCAAAGAACUGGUUAAAUCUGCCAUAUCUUUCUAAUACUUAAUGGAAUGUGCUAAUUAUAAAGUUAAUUAUAAGUACAGAGAGCCUGGAGUCAUAAAUGCUUGCUCUUGAAUAGUCCCCCUGACUUAAAGGAAAUAUUUCAAAAUAAGUGGGAAAAUUAUGACUAGAACCGUUCAGUAAAGUCAUUUCUGUAGCAUAAGAAAUGUGGUUAAGAAUGCAAAACUUGCAGAAACUGUUAUGAAUUAAGAAACUGAGAAAAUUGGUCAAAACUUGAGCAUGGUUCAUGAAGUUGCUUCUGAUUAGUCUUCUACUUGAAUUACUCAAAUAAUAUAUUUUUAAGAAGGGGCUGUAUGCUCCAAAUCAGUCGUGUUUUAUUCCUUUUUAAGGUAAUAGGUUAGUUGUUGCCCUUAAAAUUUUAUUCACAUUAAUUUUGAAGUUGUAUUUCAUGUCUCUUCCAUGUCCCAUUUUUAUUUUUAUUAAAUGUAAUUUUAAAGAAAACUUCCAUAAACUCUUCAGAGAUGUGGUUGAGAAUGAAAGAGGGAAAUAAUGACUUCAGACAGCUUUAAUUGAUCUUGAGACCACCUGUAUCAGGAAGUGCUUUUUUACUGCCUUAACCUAUGUAGAAUCUGCAUCUAGAGUUCUUAAAUGGGAUUAGUGUGUUUUGUAUUUUUUAAAAAAUCAUGCAAAUAUAGCAAUUGUAAAACCAACUUUCCUCUUGGAAUUAUUGAUUAAAACGGGAGUUGAGCUGCAUCAUUUCAGGCACUGUGUAAUUACAUCACAUCCAGCAGGCAGGUAUCUAUCUAUGAAUAGUGCAUGCUCAGCCAUGUACACUGUAUAUAGCCUUUACAAAAUGUUUGUGUGUGUUUUAAAGGACCAUAAUUAACAUAACUUGGUGAGCAUCUAUUAAAGAAAAGCAAUGAUUAUUUGAUGUGAUUGGCUUAGGUUUUUCAUGUGGCAGAGAAAUUGUAACAGCUAUAACCGAUGGUACUUACUGACUCUCCCAUAAUGUUUCAUUGUCUAAAUCAGAAAAUUUGGUAAAAAUUUAACUUGCAAUGCAAGAACAAUUAAAGCAACAAACUGGAUUUAGUUGUAUUGAAGACAAGCCUUAUUAAUUGAUAGUGUUCCUAAUAAACGAAUACUAAUGUCCACAGGUAUUAACUCCUGUUACAGGAACAUGGCAGAUGUUUACAUGUUCAGAUGUUUUGUUUAAUUCAGUGACAUUUCUAAAUCAAUUUUGUUAAAAUAAAUUGAGCAAAUUGAUAAGAUUGUGUUAUUUAGUAGUAUAUAGUACGUAGACUGUCUUAUUGAGAAGACACAAGUGUCCAUGAAAUUACCGAAUGUUGAAAUUUGAUUUUCAACAAUGAUUUUUAAAAGAAUGUUGAACAUGUGAAAUCAUGUAUGUUGUAAAUUCCAUUCUUCAUCAACACCUACAGAGUUCAACCAAUUUCAUCCACUGACAGUAUUAAAAAAAAGUUACAGCCCCUCUCCACACAUGAUCAAAUGUCAGUUUAUGUGAAAGGUAGAGAAAUGGUAACCGCUAUUCAUGAAAUGUGGUGGGCAAUGCCUUUGCUUAUGUGAUUGGCCUAAGUAAGUGUUCAUAUAUUAUGUAGAGUCAUUAAAUCAUGUUUGCUAAUUCACAAGAGUUCACCACCAUCCCUCCUAUUUAAGGAGAAUUGUUGAAUGGGAAGGAUUUAUAUACAUAUCUGCUUGCAGGUCAAAUGCAAAGUCAGAGGCAUUUUAAUGUGUUUUGACAGUAAAGCUGCUUGUGUGAGGAGCUCACAAAUCAGUGUGACCCAGCUACUAAAUGAUAGUGUAACAGUACUCUCUAGCAUCACAACUUCGGUCACAACCAGUCACUUGCAAUUCUAAACCUGCUGUUGAGCAAUUUCACGGCAUCCUUGCAAAGAACCCUUGUGCUCAGUCAGCUGUGGACAGUUUCCCUACGAACUGGAGAUUCUUAAGAAUUAAUUGGGUUGUCUCUUUGGUGUUACUUUGAACACCAACUGCUGCUUUCAGACUCUGCCCCAAAGUACAGUAUUUGUUUUUGGAAAUCGGAUUGAAACUUGUAAAAAUUGAAAGUUCUCAAUACCUGUUUUUCUCAGUUGUCAGUACUGGAACACUUACCUCUGCAGAGGACUGUAACCUAAAAUGUCCUGUUUACAUCCACUCCAGUCCUAAAAUUGUUUUUCAACUGACAUGGGUUUCUAACAGCAGCCUUCAGCUUUACUGAAGGGUGAUGUCUCUGUGGAUUUCCUCCUAUCCUCCACCUUUGGAAUCUUAAACUAUGGAACUAUAGGCUUUCCCUCAAAUUUUGGUAUUGUGCUCCAACUACGGCUGAAAUCAGUUAACUAUGGAGAUUGUAAAUAUUUCCCAGUCUCUGCAGCUUCUGGAGCAAUGCAUUUUUGAAGUUCUAGAAAAGCACAACGUUUGAGUCCAUAAAACCUAAAUGUUCCUGCCUAAGUAGAGGAAUGUCAGCAAGGCACCAAAAUUUAGCAACCAGAAAAUGUAAAGACGGGAAUUUUCUACUUUGCGCAAUUGGAAAUGACCUUUUUUCCCUCAAAACAAAGUUGUAUUAAUAUGGAAUGUACACUUUACUUAUAUUGACUAACUGUAGCCUUCAUGGCCAACUGCGUCCAGAUAACCUUUUAUGGGGCAAACACAAGCAAAGCAGCUAACAUAUUCUCAUUAGUAAAUGCAUGGAAUGUUUUUCAAAGAUUAAUGUGGGUUUUGUAACUUUUGAAAUUGUUUGUAUGCACAACUUUACAAAAGAAAAUGUGAUAUGUGAUUGGGUAGUCAUUGCAUGCUUUACUCUUGACUUUUCGUUUGGUUGUCUUGGGGAAAGUGUAUAGAAUUCAUGUUUGUUACAAAGUUGGCUCAAGGUGGAUGAAAACUUUGUUUUUUAAAAAAACAAAAAAAUUACAGUAGACAGACAUUAUUUAACUAUUUGCUAAAGAAUAUUAUACAUUAAAAUUAAUUUUCAAAACUGUUCACAG